AUGGGAUUCGAGGAGCUGCUAGAAGAGGUGGGCGGCUUUGGGCCCUUCCAGCUGCGGAAUGUGGCACUGCUGGCCCUACCCCGCAUGCUGCUGCCCCUGCACUUCCUCCUGCCCAUCUUCCUGGCUGCUGUGCCUGCCCACCGCUGUGCCCUGCCUGGCGCCCCUGCCAACUUCAGCCACCAGGACUUGUGGCUGGAGGCUCACCUGCCCCGGGAACCUGAUGGCACACUCAGCUCCUGCCUCCGCUUCACCCACCCCCAGGCCCUCCCCAACACCACGUUGGAGGGAGAGGGGCAGAGCCCUGGGGAGCUGGAGGGUGAGCCCUCCACAGUGCCCUGCCCUCAGGGCUGGGAGUACGACCGCUCAGAGUUCUCCUCCACCAUUGCAACAGAGUGGGACCUGGUGUGUGAGCAGAAAGGCCUGAACAGAGCCGCUUCCACCUUCUUCUUCGCUGGUGUGCUGGUGGGGGCCGUGGCCUUCGGAUACCUGUCCGACAGGUUUGGGAGGCGCCGUCUGCUGCUGGUGGCCUAUGUGAGUGUCCUGGUGCUGGGCCUGGCAUCUGCAGCCUCGGUCAGCUACAUCAUGUUUGCCAUCACCCGCACCCUCACUGGUGUAGCCUUGGCUGGCUUCACUAUCAUCGUGAUGCCACUUGAGUUGGAGUGGCUGGACGUCAGACACCGCACUGUGGCAGGUGUCCUGAGCAGCACCUUCUGGACAGGGGGCAUGAUGCUGCUAGCACUGGUCGGGUACCUGAUACGGGACUGGCGAUGGCUUCUGCUGGCUGUCACCCUGCCUUGUGCCCUAGGCAUCAUCAGCCUCUGGUGGGUGCCUGAGUCUGCACGCUGGCUUCUGACCCAAGGCCGUGUGGCGGAGGCCCACGUGUACCUGGUCCGAUGUGCCAGGCUCAAUGGGCGGCCCCUGAGUGAGGACGGCCUGAGCCAGGAGGCCCUGAGCAAAGUGGCCGCUGGGGAGCGGGGGGUCCGAAGACCCUCGUACCUAGACCUGUUCCGGACACCACGGCUCCGAUACAUCUCACUGUGCUGCAUGGUGAUGUGGUUUGGAGUGAACUUCUCCUAUUACGGCCUGAGCCUGGACGUGUCCGGGCUGGGGCUGAACGUGUACCACACGCAGUUGCUGUUCGGAGUCGUGGAGCUGCCCGCCAAGCUGCUAGUCUACGUGUUGGUGCGCCACGUGGGACGCCGCCUCACGCAGGCCGGGAUGCUGCUGGGCUCCGCGCUCGCCUUGGGCCUCGGACUGCUCGUGCCCUCGGAGGUGGGGUCCUGGGGCGUCGCCCUGGCGGUGAUGGGGAAAGGUUUUUCUGAAGGUGCCUUCACCACUGCCUACCUGUUCACGUCGGAGUUGUACCCUACUGUGCUCAGACAGACAGGGUUGGGGCUGACUGCACUGGUGGGCCGGCUGGGGGGCUCUCUGGCCCCACUGGCAGCCUUGCUGGACGAAGUAUGGCUGCCACUGCCCAAGCUUGCUUAUGGGGGCAUCGCCCUGCUGGCUGCCUGCACUGCCCUCUUGCUGCCAGAGACAAGGCAGGCACAGCUGCCAGAGACCAUCCAGGACGUGGAGAGGAAGAGGUUGCCGUCCAGCCUUCAGGAGGAAGAGAUGUCCAGGAAACAGGUCCAGGACUGAGUGCUCUCAGGGGCAGGCCCUCC